CAGACAAUGGUCUUCAAAAAAGGCAACAUAGAGUUUAUCCUGGAAUCUCUGGAGACGAACUGUGAUCACAAUUAUGUUGAGUAUUUUAAAAAGGUGCCCAACUCUAAGCUGCUCUAUACUUUUCGAGUUGUAAAAUUGGCCCCUGCUUUUACAAUUGAUAUCACAGUGAAAGUGCUAAAAACACAGAGAAUUUUUUACAAGAUAGAAAACAUAAAGGGCUGUGACUUUCUAAACAAUCCACUGCUGUUUAAAGUGUUUGGCGAAACCUACAAGCAGCUGGUGGUCAAUGGCAGUUACUUCAAGUGUCCCAUCAAGCCGAAGGUUUAUUUUCUGAAAAACGAGGCCACUGUCUCUUUAGUUCCCGCCAUCCAUCCACCUGGACGUUUUCAACUGUCGAUGCGGGUGAGAAUGACAGAAAGUCCUGGGCCAUUCGUUAUGGAAAUGUUGUGGAAGUAUAAAAUUAUUCGCAUCAAAUAA